AUGGGAACUUCGAGUGCAAAUGACAUGGACGUGGUCGUGGACGUGGACGUGGACGUGGACAUGGACAUGGACAUGGACGUGGACAUGGACGUGGACGUCGACAUGGACGUGGACGUGGACGUAGACGUGGACAUGGACGUGGACGUGGACGUGGACGUGGACAUAGACGUGGACGUGGACGUGGACGUGGACGUGGUCGUGGACGUGGACGUGGACGUGGACGUGGACGUGGACGGGGAUGUGGACGUGGACGUGGACGUGGACAUGGACCAGGACGCGGACAUGGACGUGGACGUGGACGUGGACGUGGACCUGGACGUGGACCUGGACGCGGACAUGGACGUGGACAUGGACGUAGACGUGGACGCGGACGCGGACGUGGACGUGGUCGUGGACGCGGACGUAGACGUGGACGUGGACAUGGACGUAGACAUGGUCGUGGACGUGGACAUGGACAUGGACGUGGACGUGGACGUAGACCUGGGCGUGGACGUGGACGUGGAUUUGGAUGUGGACAUAGACGUGGACGUGGACAUGGACGUGGACGUGGACAUGGACCUGGACGUGGACGUGGACAUGGACGUGGACAUGGACGUGGACGUGGACGUGGACGUGGAGGACUUGGACGUGGACAUGGACGUGGACAUAGACGUGGACGUGGGCGUGGACGUGGACGAAGACAUGGUCGUGGACGUGGACAUGGACGUGGACGUGGACAUGGACAUGGACAUGGACGUGGACGUGGAUGUGGACGUAGACGUGGACGUGGACGUGGACGUGGACGUGGACGUGGACGUGGAUAUGGACGUAGACGUGGACGUGGACGUGGACGUGGACGUGGACGUGGACGUGGACAUGAACGUGGACGUAGACGUGAACGUGGACGUGGACAUGGACGUGGACGUGGACGUGGACGUGGACGUGGACGUGGACGUGGUCGUGGACGUGGACGUGGACGUGGACGUGGUCGUGGACGUGGUCGUGGACGUAGACGUGGACGUGGACGUGGACGUGGACAUGGUCGUGGACGUGGAGGUGGACGUGGACGUGGACGUGGACGUGGACGUGGACGUGGACAUGGACCUGGAUGGGACGUGGACGUGGACGUUGACGUGGACGUGGACCUGGACGUGGACGUGGACGUGGACCUACGUGGACGUGGCCAUGGACGUGGACGUGGACAUGGACAUGGACGUGGACGUGGACUUGGACAUGGACGUGGACGUGGACGUGGACGUGGACGUGGACAUGGACGUGGACGUGGACGUGGACGUGGACAUGAGCGUGGACGUGGACGUGGAGGACUUGGACAUGGACGUGGACGUGGACGUUGACGUGGACGAAGACAUGGUCGUGGACGUGGACGUGGACGUGGACGUGGACAUGGACGUGGACGUGGACGUGGACGUGGACAUGGACGUGGACGUAGACGUGGACGUGGACGUGGACGUGGACGUGGACGUGGUCGUGGACGUGGACGUGGACGUGGACAUGGUCGUGGACGUGGACAUGGACGUGGAGGACAUGGACGUGGACAUGGACGUGGACGUGGACGUGGAUAUGGACGUGGACAUGGACGUGGACGUGGACGUGGAGGACUUGGACGUGGACAUGGACGUGAACGUGGACGUGGACGUGGACGAAGACGUGGUCGUGGACGUGGACGUGGACGUGGACGUGGACGUGGACGUGGAGGUGGACGUGGACGUGGACGUGGACAUGGACGUGGACGUGGACGUGGACGUGGACUGGACGUGGACGUGGACUGGACGUGGAGUGGACGUGGACGUGGACGUGGACCUGGUCGUGGACGUGGACGUGAACGUGGACGUGGUCGUGGACGUGGACGUGGACGUGGACGUGGACGUGGACGUGGACAUGGACGUGGACGUGGACGUGGACGUGGACAUGGUCGUGGACGUGGACAUGGACGUGGAGGACAUGGACGUGGACAUGGACGUGGACGUGGACGUGGAUAUGGACGUGGACAUGGACGUGGACGAAGACGUGGAGGACUUGGACGUGGACAUGGACGUGAACGUGGACGUGGACGUGGACGAAGACGUGGUCGUGGACGUGGACGUGGACGUGGACGUGGACGUGGACGUGGACGUGGACGUGGACUGGACGUGGACGUGGACUGGACGUGGACUGGACGUGGACGUGGACGUGGACCUGGUCGUGGACGUGGACGUGAACGUGGACGUGGUCGUGGACGUGGACGUGGACGUGGACGUGGACGUGGACGUGGACGUGGACGUGGUCGUGGACGUGGACGUGGACGUGGACGUGGACGUGGACGUGGACGUGGACGUGGACAUGGACGUGGACGUGGACGUGGACGUGGACGUGGACGUGGACGUGGACGUGGACGUGGACGUGGACGUGGACAUGGACGUGGACGUGGACGUGGACGUGGACGUAGACGUGGACGUGGACGUGGACAUGGACGUGGACGUGGACGUGGACGUAGACGUGGACGUGGACGUGGAGAACUUGGACGUGGACGUGGACGUGGAGAACUUGGACGUGGACGUGGACGUGGAGAACUUGGACGUGGACAUGGACGUGAACGUGGACGUGGACGUGAACGUGGACGUGGACGUGGACAUGGACGUGGGCGUGGACGUGGACAUGGACGUGGACGUGGACAUGGACGUGGACGAGGACGUGGACAUGGACGUCGACGUGGACAUGGACGUGGACGUAGACAUGGACGUGGACGUGGACGUGGACGUGGACGUGGACAUGGAGGUGGACGUGGACGUGGACGUGGAGGUGGACAUGGACGUGGAGGUGGACGUGGACGUGGACGUGGACGUGGACGUGGACGUGGACCUGGACGUGGACGUGGACGUGGACGUGGACGUGGACGUGGACGUGGAGGUGGACGUGGAGGUGGACAUGGACGUCGACGUGGACGUGGACGUGGACAUGGACGUGGACGUGGACGUGGACGUGGACGUGGACGUCGACGUGGACGUGGACAUGGACGUGGACGUGGACGUGGACAUGGACGUGGACGUGGACGUGGACGUGGACGUGGACGUCGACGUGGACGUGGACGUGGACGUGGACAUGGACGUGGACGUGGACGUGGACAUGGACGUGGUCGUGGACGUGGACAUGGACGUGGACGUUGUGAGAAUAAGCGAACAGGGAACGAAUGAACUAGCAGUGAAAUGA